UUUACUGUUGAGCGUUACAGAAAUCGCAUGGAAUCGUCGGUUAAGCAUACGCACUGGCGGUCAGUGAUUUGAAGUGUGUUAAUAUAUGACAAAUUGGCUGAUGCAUUUGAAAGUAUUUCCAAAUUUUUGGUAAUAAUAAUAAAUAUUGAUGCGCUACUACGUUUAGUUAGCAGAAUAUUGAGAAUAGUGAAAUAAAAGUGCUUGAGAAAAAAAAAUUAAUAGAAAAUGUGUGUGCUUCUUAAAUAAAAAAAUAAUUAUUAUUAUUAUAAUAAUAUUAAAGUUGUACAAAAAAUGUGUGCUGUUUGUGUAUUAAAUUAUUAUAGUGGCAAUUAUUUUUUAAAUACAUAAAUCAUAGCUGUGUCCCAAAUGAUCAAAAUAAAUUCCAGCGUAAAUAGAAUACAAAUGGCAGAAAAAAGGCGCCUUUCAAAGGAUACUGCCUGAAUUCAAAUUCAAUUGAAUUAAAUUUUCAUACAAGCAAGCAUAAAAUCAACAUUUUCGGUCGCAAAUUCGUUCCGAGUAAAACGCAAAACAACAAACACAGGCCAUCGUUGGCGCUAAGGAAUAAUUUUGGGUUGUGAAGAUUUAAAAAUUAUUGUGCAAAUAUUAUGCGAAUAUAAGUGGCUCCAACUACUACUUAACGUUUAGGAGUGGAGGUAGGUGAUCUGCGUUUAGUUACUCAGCAGGAAGAGUUCGGCACGUGGCAGUUAAAAUGAUUAUAUCGAUAUUAGUUCAAAGCAUUGCUGAAAGCUCAAAUAACGGUGAACCUGAAUUACUUUACACAUACAGCUGUCAACGUUUGACAAGUGCAGUUAAUUGUCCGAAUAAAUUGACACUCAAUUAAAAAUGAAUACGGAUGAUGAAGAACGUGUCUGCCUGCGUUCCGAGGAAGAACGCAGCAUGGACGACAAAUUGGUGUGCGACGAGGUACAUUUACGUACAUUAAGCCAAUCACCGCUGGCGCUGCAACGCCAACUACAACGUAGGCAAAGUAAUCAGAGCACGCAGAGUACAACAAAAACCAGCACACCACUUCAAAGGCGGCGCUGUUCAGGCGGAAAUGCCAUAACUAUCAGCAACGAAUUUGAGCUUCCACGGCCCCCGCUGGCUCAGCACGAGCUACUCGACGAUGACGACGAUGACCUCAAAUGUCAGCGAGUUAGUGUGAAAAAUUCCAUGCUCGAUAUAACGGAUAACGGUGAUAGUGGCGUAGGUGCAGACGAUGAAACCGACUGUGGUCUCAGUAAUCCCGCAGCACAAACCGAAGACAGCGAAGGAGUUGUAGUAGCUGAGGAGCAUAAUGAGGAUUUAAUUGACGCGAGCAUAUUGCGUGUGAAGCAACUUCCCGACAUGUCGAAAAUACCGCGCCUGCCUGGCGAUGGUGCACAUUCAGUGGACGAUCAACGUACAGCCAACUCCUACCCCUCCGCCGCACCAACCAGAGCGUCCGCUGUCAAUUCGAAACGACCCACAACGGACAUUGACCGCGUGAGGGCUGUUAAAAACGCCCCGCUGCGUGUGCAAUCCGUGCGAAUUGUAGAGCAGAGAAUGAAGCUCGGACCGAAAAGACGCACCGAAAGCUGCAGCAUAUUUGGCAAUACGAGCAAUUAUGCCGAGGAAGGCAAGACGAUAUCGGAGCCACGGCCACUUAACAAUCAAACUUAUGCAGCUUUCAAGAGUGCCAAUGUUAUCAAGGGCAUAUUAUGUCCAUCUCUCACAAAUUCAUUCAAGCAACACUCGCUGGAGCGUUCAUAUCUAACGUAUACGCAUCGUCAGCGUCAGAAGUCACUGAUCAUUGUCAAUCUGGUUGACAUUAUGCUUAAAGUGACGCUCGCAAUUGUUUGGUUCAGUAAAGAGAGCAAGCGGAGUAGCAACGCGCAAAACAACAUUGUCAGCACGAUAACGUAUUAUAGCGAUGGAGAGGUGAAUCUGACUACGGCAAUUACCUGGUCGGUUUUGUGUAUUCUUGCCAAUGUGGGCAUUUGUUGUUUGGGAUUUUGGAGAUGCUUCGCCAACAACUAUUUACAGUGGGCAGCUUUGUUCACUUGGAUACUGAUGAAUAUACAAGGUUUCGUUGGCGAAGGUAUUGGUUUCACGUAUCGCGAAUACUUGGUCUGGUACAUCCUGUUCGUGAUAUUUGUGCCGUAUGCAAUGCUGCCGUUGCCACUGAAGUGGUGCGUCGUCGGCGGCACCAUCACCGCCAGUUGUCAUCUGGCCGUAAUUACGAUAAUUAAAGUUAGGCGAAAAGAACAACCAGAUUGCAUUGCAUUUCAAGUGGUCGCUAACUUCAUAUUGUACACGGCAAUUAAUGUGGCUGGCAUGUACACCAAGUAUCUGACAGAUCGUGGGCAGCGCCUAGCUUUCAUCGAAACACACAAAGCCAUGGAACAUAAAAAGGAGUCGGAGAAGGAGUUGCAGCGAACGCAAAAGUUGCUGGACUCAAUACUUCCUAACAUUGUGAACAAUCAAAUACGCGCCGAAAUGUAUAAAGGCACCGAUCCCACCGUCGAAACCCAAUUCAAUAAGCUCUACGUGUACCCAAUGGAUAAUGUCAGUAUACUAUUCGCCGAUAUCAAGGGUUUCACUGAGUUAGCAAGUAAAACAUCCGCCCAGCAGCUUGUCAAAAUUCUAAACGAUUUGUUUGCACGUUUCGACCGUAUCGCCGAGGACAAUCACUGUUUGCGUGUGAAACUCUUGGGCGAUUGCUAUUACUGUGUGUCACAGUUCGAGAGCGACAAUUGGAAGACGCGACCGGAUCAUGCGGUGUGCAGUGUGGAGACUGGACUGCAUAUGAUAAAGGCCAUCAAGGAUGUGCGGCUACAUACGCAUGUCGAUUUGAAUAUGCGCAUCGGCAUUCAUAGCGGCUCGGUGAUGUGUGGCGUGUUGGGCAAUAAAAAAUGGCAUUUUGAUGUUUGGUCGAACGAUGUUAUUAUUGCAAAUCAUAUGGAAUCUGGCGGUAUUCCCGGGCGUGUACACAUCUCCGAGGCCACACUGAAGUGCCUCAACGAGGCCUACGAAGUGGAGCCGGGCAAUGGCGGUAGCCGUGACAAUCACUUGAAAAUGAUGAACAUCAAAACGUAUCUUAUCAAGCGCACCGAACCGUUACGGCCGAAACGUCGCUUUGGCACGCGCAGCAGUCAACACUUAGCCAACACCAUUGGCACUGCGACUGGUGGCAGUGAUGCCAGCACCCCAACCGCCGUUACAACACCCGCCAGCAUAGGCUCCAAAUCCAUACCGACCGCAGCUGGCGUUGAAGUCCAACAACAACAACUGGCACAUCUACCCGCCACACCACUCGCAACGCUAGCCGCAUUGCAGAAGAAGAAUAUUUCGGUGAACUCCCUGCCAAAUGUGAUGGAAGGUGUAGCAUUGGGUACCGGUGGACGUGUAGGCGAAGGCAUUAAUGGUCCUAACAGCAAUGGUGCGGGCAGCGGCGGUGCUGCGGAUUCAACUGGCUUAUCGACUGUUUCGUCGCCGACUACGAUGAUUGCGCCCAUCACAGUGGUCGAUCAGCAACCGCUAAAAAUGAACGGCGCAACAGCGAGUUCGCAGAAUCUGGCAAGCACAAUCGACCCAAAAGCAUUAAUUAUUGAGGAUGAACCGACCACGGAAUGGACACCGGAAAUCCCAUUCAAAAAUCUCAACUCACCGCAGGACGGUCUUAAUCGGAGUGAUUCGGUGUUGGUCGAUGCCAAGCAAGACAAUGGUCAUUCAACGACCGCAUUGGAUGAAGAGAUUGACGAUUUUAUUGAACAAAAUAUACAAAUUAAUUCCAAUAAGGAAAUUAGACGAGAGUACCUGAAUACGUGGACCUUAAAAUUUAAAGAUCGAAGUCAAGAACAGAAAUUUUGUCAAUUACGGGAAGAUAUGUUUAGAUCGAAUAUGCUGUGCAUUUUUAUCAUAUGGCUAUUUAUUGUGAUGUGUCAAGUCAUUAUUAUCCCGCGUUGUACUAAAUUAAUUAUUUGCCUAGUGGUCGGAACCAUAUGCUUAACCUUCUCCUGUGUGUUAGUCAUGGCUGAGGAGUUCUCCAACUUGCCACUUUAUCUGAAGCAGAAUUCCGCCAAACUUGUACAUCAACGGCGACGCAGAACCUUUUUCAUUUGCAUUGUUAUAAUACUGAUGUCGGUUUUAAGUGCAAUUGGCUUGGCAAUUUGUCCGGACUCCACAUACGCUUUCGACAAUACGGAGGACGAUAACAAUACAAAUACACAGUUAAACAAUGGCAGCAACAAUUCCAUCAGUGCUUUAUUGGCAAAUGGUAGUGAGAAGGAAAUCAAGUUGAAUGUGUACUUAUCGGCGACAAUACAUCACAAUAUCACCAUUAAUGCUGCCAAUGGCACAAUCGUCGAUGCAUUCAUCACUGACAACCUCACAGCGGCACCAGCUGGUGAUCUCGUGCGGCAGAGCAUCGUUAAUGCGCUGAAUCUAACGCAAACACCAAUAAAUCUGCUAAAUGCAACGAGCAAAACAUUGGAUACAUUUGAGCAAUCUCCGCAUGGCCUUUUAUUGGCGGCGGCAGCUGCCACCUCGCUCACCAACGCCAACACCAAUGACAACGAUAAUGAAUUGGAAUUGGGAGCUGCAAAUAGCGCAGAGCUUUACAACACUUUCAAUGGGACAAAAGCUUCGGACGAGCUGAAGCAGAGCAAUGACUGUGCGCAUCCCGAGUAUAUAAUAUUCACUUGGGUGCUGUGUCUGGUGUCGCUGGCUACGGCCUUGAAAUUGUACUUUCUCAUCAAAACAUGCAUGGCGCUGGCGAUGGUUGCCUGCUAUAUGAUCUUGAUACUGGCAUAUCCAGCUUUCUACGAAUCGUCUGCAGCGAAUUUCGAGUACCAACGUAUGGCAAUGCCCUUGGAUGUGCAGAUGCUGAUAUUGUUGUGCUCAUUUUUGGUUAUGGUGGGCUAUCAUGCCCGCCUCGUGGAGGUCACUUCGCGUCUGGAUUUCAUUUGGAAGGAGCAAGCUGAACGUGAAUUAAUUAAUAUGAAAUCGAAUCGUGCUCUCAACGACACAUUAAUUAAGAAUAUUCUGCCUCAUCAUGUAGCUGCCUAUUAUCUCUCCGAUGAGCACACGGAUGAAUUAUAUUCGAAAAACCAUUCAUUAUGUGGCGUUAUGUUUGCCUCCAUACCCAACUUUCAGGAUUUCUAUUCGGAGGACAUCGAUAACGGAAAAGCAUGCAUUCGAAUUCUGAAUGAAAUUAUAUGUGACUUCGAUGAACUUUUGGAGGAACCACGCUUCGCCUCCAUCGAGAAAAUCAAAACGGUUGGGGCCACAUACAUGGCUGCUUCCGGUCUGAAUUCAGCACAUCUACACGCGCGCGGCGAAACAGCGGAAGACAGCGUUUGUGACCUGGUCGAAUUUGCGUUUGCUAUGAAACAAAAACUAGAAGAGAUCAACAAGGAAGCAUUCAACAAUUUUCAGCUGCGCGUAGGCAUUUGCAGCGGACCGCUGGUAAGCGGUGUAAUUGGUGCGCGCAAGCCUGUCUACGAUAUAUGGGGCAAUACGGUGAACGUGGCCUCACGUAUGGACUCCACCGGCGAGAAUUGGCGCAUACAAGUGCCGACCAAAACUUCGGAAUUGCUAAAGGCCAAGGGAUAUACUUGUGUGAAACGCGGCGAGAUUAAUGUGAAGGGUAAAGGCCUAAUGGUCACUUACUUUGUGCAUCCUAAAGGCGCCAGUGAAAGUCAAUUAUCAUCACCGGUGCGGCUGCCAGCGGGUGUGCCGUUAUCGCAGGCGCCCAACUUACAACGGCAGAUAUCGCAUCACGGUUCAUUCAGCGCCGUGGUCUUCGGCAUGUUGCAAGCAUCGAAACGUAGCACGACUAUUGCAGGCACACCGACUGGCACUCCCUCACCGCAAAUACGACGUGGUCGACGUGGUAGUACCUUCAGUUCGGUGCGCCUAUCGCAAAAGUCUACCACCAACAAUCCGGUGAGGCGGAAUACAACACGAGUGCGUGGUCGCUCCUAUCGACAAAAGAAGAGCUCGUCCAACAACUCGAUAGUAACACAGACCAGUAACUCCUAUAUAUCGUCCUUCCGACGCAUCGAUCAGAUCGAAACGACGCUGUCCAAAAGUCAUAACGAUGCUUUAUAGCCUAUGCGUAAUUGGGUCUAAGCUGCCCUGUGCAUGAACAACAACAACAACCACAAUUUUAAUUACGUAGUACUUACAUAAUGAACUUAUUUAUUGUUACUAUUAAGCAAUUUCUAGUUUAGACAUAUUUGAGAGUAUAUAUGUAUGUGUAUAUUUAUGUAGAAUAUAUUUGUAUGUCGAAAGUGAAGACACAAACACCACGGUGAGGCCCUGCAUGUAAACUGAUUUCAAUUAAGCGAAAAGUGCAUUUAUUUUUGAAGCAUUUUUUAAGUUAGUUAGAAUAUUGAAUAGAUAAAAAUGUAUGUAUUCGACGAAUCAUUUACGUACUUAACAAUUCAAUUACUUAUGGCAAAUGUGAAUGUGCAAAUAUUUAGCUUUAUUUUAAAUGUAUGAGAAGAAUAUUAAGAAAUUUACAAAAAAAAAUAAAAUAAAAUCUUAGAAACUAAGAAAGCAAAGGACCGCGCAAAGUAAGCAUAUUUGUAUGCAUAUAUAAGAUAUGUAUAUAUAACUGGCGUUCAACCUUGGUUAGAUUUUUAGCCAAGAACAGCCGGCUAAGCCGACUCUGAUUGGCUAAUAUUUUUUAUGUGAGCCUUUUUUAAGUCUAAUGUUACAUAUGCUGGGAAAUCUAUAGGUCCCACACCAUUUGUAUUUGAAAACGUUAUAUCGGCCAUUUCAAAAAACAGAGAAGAGAAAAAUAUGUUAUUUUAUGUUUGUUUGACGAAUUCAUUUUGAUUCUGUUAGAACACGGGAUUCAAAAAGUUAUUUUGAAUUGUAACCGUGGUAAAAUAAAAUUUACACUUUCUGUCAGGACGUUUCAAAAAUAAGUAUUCCGACUUUUUCAAAUAGACUUCUUAAUAUGUGUACAAAUAUGCUGAACUUAGAGAAAUAUAAGUAUGUACUUAUGUACAGUUAAAAUAUAUACAUAUAACAUAAAGAAACGUAAUUUUAUCAACUUUUAAACUAUUAUUGUUCGUCUAGUCGUUAGCUUUAAAUAAAAUACUUACACAAAUGUUUAAUGUU